CUUCACAAAUUUUCUUCUCUCUUCUUCAAAUGUUCAUAAGACCUUAUCUUCUAUCUUCCUCCUCCUCCUCCUUCCAUGGCUUCCGCCGCUGCGCCCUCUCCUUCUCUCUCCUUAAACCAAACUUCCCUCGUCACCUGGCUUAAACCUCCUCCUUCCUCCUCCUCCCCCCUCUUCCGCCUCAAACCCACCAAACGCAUCUUCCUCCCGAUUUCAGCAUCUUCCUCCUCUUCCACCUCUCUCACCGUCAUCGAUAAAGGAGCCACCUUUGUCGAUAAUCCCGUCGAAAGGAACGAACUUUCCAGGCCGAGGAGGCUCUUCAUGCAAGACCCACCAUGGAUCUCUGCUCUCUUCCUCAAGGGUCUGACCAAAAUGGUUGACCAGACCGUUAAAAUCGAGAGGAAAGACAUCGACAAGAGAAAGUUCGACUCUUUGAGGAGGCGGCAGGUGAAGGAAGAGACGGAGGCGUGGGAGAAGAUGGUUGAUGAGUACAGAGAUUUGGAGAAGGAGAUGUGUGAGAAGAAUCUAGCUCCAAACUUGCCUUAUGUGAAACAUAUGUUUUUGGGUUGGUUUCAGCCGUUGAAAGAUGUGAUUGAGAGGGAGCAGAGGCUGCAGAAGAACAAGAGCAAGAAGGUUAGGGCGGCUUAUGCGCCUCACAUUGAGCUCUUGCCUGCUGAUAAAAUGGCGGUUAUUGUGAUGCAUAAGAUGAUGGGUUUGGUUAUGUCUGGACAUGAAGAUGGGUGUAUCCAAGUUGUUCAGGCUGCUGUUAGUAUUGGCAUAGCGAUAGAACAUGAGGUGAGGAUUCAUAACUUCUUGAAGAGAACUCGGAAGAACAAUGGAGGAGACUCACAGGAGGAUUUGAAGGAUAAGCAAUUGCUUAGGAAACGUGUCAAUAGUUUGAUUCGUAAGAAAAGGAUUAUUGAUGCACUGAAAGUGGUGAAAAGUGAAGGUACCAAACCAUGGGGCCGAGCUACACAAGCUAAGCUUGGAAGCCGUCUGCUAGAACUAUUGAUUGAAACAGCUUAUGUGCAACCUCCACUGACACAGUCAGGAGACUCUAUACCCGAGUUUCGACCUGCAUUCAGACACAAAUUUAAAACCGUUACCAAAUAUCCUGGAUCAAAGCUGGUGAGGAGAUACGGAGUUAUUGAGUGUGACUCACUCCUCCUUGCAGGCCUAGAUAAAUCUGCUAAGCAUAUGUUAAUUCCCUAUGUUCCAAUGUUGGUACCACCAAAGAGAUGGAGAGGAUAUGACAAGGGUGGUUACUUGUUUCUGCCUUCCUACAUUAUGCGUACUCAUGGAUCCAAAAAGCAGCAGGAUGCACUUAAAGAUAUUACUUCCAAGACUGCUCAUAGAGUAUUUGAGGCAUUAGAUACACUUGGGAACACCAAGUGGAGGGUUAAUAGGAAAAUACUUGAUGUGGUUGAAAGGCUCUGGGCUGAUGGAGGCAACAUUGCAGGCUUAGUUAAUCGGGACGACGUUCCCUUACCAGAGAAACCUUCCUCGGAGGAUCCAGAAGAAAUUCAAGCCUGGAAAUGGAGUGUACGUAAGGCCAAGAAGACUAACAGAGAGAGGCACUCUCUAAGAUGUGAUGUUGAGCUCAAGCUUUCUGUGGCUAGAAAAAUGAAAGACGAGGAAGGAUUCUUUUACCCUCACAAUCUUGACUUCAGGGGACGUGCAUAUCCAAUGCAUCCUCAUCUAAAUCAUCUGAGUUCUGAUCUUUGCCGUGGAACCCUGGAGUUCGCUGAAGGAAGACCACUUGGAAAGUCAGGCUUGUAUUGGCUGAAAAUACAUUUAGCAAACCUCUAUGCAGGGGGUGUUGAAAAGCUUUCACACGAUGGGCGUCUGGCUUUUGUGGAAAACCAUUUGGAUGAUAUAAUGGAUUCAGCUGAAAAUCCUACUCAUGGGAAACGAUGGUGGCUGAAGGCUGAGGAUCCUUUUCAGUGUUUAGCUGCUUGUGUUAUUCUAACACAAGCCUUGAAAAGUCCUUCACCUUAUUCUGUAAUCUCCCACUUGCCUAUACAUCAAGAUGGGUCAUGCAAUGGUCUACAGCAUUAUGCAGCUUUGGGCAGAGAUAGUUUUGAAGCUGCGGCAGUUAAUCUAGUUGCGGGAGACAAACCAGCUGAUGUCUAUUCUGAAAUUUCAUUGAGGGUCCAUGAAAUAAUGAAGAAGGACAGUAAUAAGGAUCCUGAGUCGAACCCAACCGCUGCAUUGGCAAAGAUUCUUAUCAAUCAAGUCGACAGGAAGUUGGUAAAGCAGACGGUAAUGACGUCAGUUUAUGGUGUAACAUAUGUUGGAGCACGUGAACAAAUAAAAAGAAGAUUAGAAGAGAAGGGUGUUAUCACUGACGAGAGAAUGUUAUUUUCUGCUGCUUGCUAUUCAGCUAAAGUAACACUAGCUGCCCUUGGAGAGAUAUUUGAAGCGGCACGUGCCAUUAUGAGUUGGCUCGGUGAUUGUGCAAAGAUAAUAGCUUCCGAUAAUCAUCCAGUGCGAUGGACAACACCUCUAGGACUUCCUGUUGUGCAACCUUAUUGCAGAAGUGAAAGACAUCUGAUAAGAACAUCUCUUCAGGUUUUGGCUCUGCAGCGAGAGGGUAACACGGUGGAUGUUAGGAAACAAAGAACUGCGUUUCCUCCCAACUUUGUGCACUCGCUGGACGGCACUCACAUGAUGAUGACUGCUGUUGCAUGUCGAGAUGCUGGCCUAAACUUUGCAGGUGUGCAUGACUCCUACUGGACGCAUGCAUGUGAUGUUGACACAAUGAACAGAAUACUUAGAGAGAAAUUCGUUGAGCUUUACAGUACACCAAUCCUUGAAGAUUUACUCCAAAGUUUCCAAGAGUCAUACCCGAAUCUCGUGUUUCCUCCGGUACCAAAGAGAGGUGAUUUCGAUUUAAAGGAAGUGCUCAAAUCACACUACUUCUUCAACUGAGUCACUGGAAGGAGGAGCAAGUUUUAACUUGGGGGAUCUCUCUUGGUGGCCUGUAAAUAACAUCCACCACCUCUUUGGACAUGGAACGAAUCAGCACGAUAGACUGCUCGGCAACACACUAAGAUUCGGACACAAAUCUACUCAAAGACAAAGUUUUGCAUCAUUGAAGAAGUUUCUAGGUCAGCAGGUAGGUCUAGGCAGUAUUAAAUAAUGGAUGCAUCAAGGUUGUGUUGUGGAAUGAGGGAAUAGGUUUAGUUAUGUUGUAUGUCAUUCGGACUUUUGUACAGGAGAGAGACCUUCGUAUAGAAACAAGACUCAAGAAACAGAAGGGUACUCUGUGAUUUUGUAGCCAACUCUUUUUGUCAAAAAAACGAGACAUCUUUUAGAACUCAUAAGCUUAAUGGAUC